UUCGGAUUUUCUUGCCAGAAUGCGUGCUCCUCUCGCGGGCGUCUUCCUUCUCGGAGCGUGUGCUGCAGCCCAGAAAGGGACGGGGUUCGGGAACGCGACGCCAGACAUUGCUGGGGACGCGACUACCGCAUCUUCGAUAGCGACCCUUGUUCCACAGGUCUCAGAGUUCAAGUGCCCCGACAGCAUCGGCUGGUAUCCACACCCAAGCAAUUGCAGUCGCUUUAUCAUUUGCUCCGAAUGGACGCCCUUCGCGUACAACUGCCCGCUGGGUCUUCAUUUUUCGGCUGCGAAACUCCGAUGUGAAUGGCCUCAUCUGGCGAAAUGCUACUCCACUUCCGAGGCUUCACCAGACACUAUUACCCCGCAACCCGCCUCGGGGGCCGAGAUCGUCGAGAGCUCCGUCUCUCCAGAAGAGACAAUUCCAGAGUCCGAUACAACCACUCAGCUAUCGCUUGCUGACGGCACACCGCUCGGAAUUCAUGCUUCCCCCGGAUGUCCGCCGCUAGAUGGAGACGAGGAUCUCCACGACUCUCUGAGGUGGCGACGCUGGGAAUACGGUGAAACCAUGCCUAGAGAUAUUCUCAAGGUGGGCGAACGCUCGUUCGAGACGAGCUCGGGUCGGAUCACUGGACAGUUUGCAGCGAUCGUUCGCGUUUUCUACAAUGGCACCUCGUACUUCGGCACGACGAUCGGCCCGAGUAGAUUUGCAAAUAGUGGCAUCUACUUCGCUCACAAUGGACAAAUCGCUGAGAGGAACUACGAGUUCGUUCAAAUAUUGUGUGUCGGCUCCACCAUGGAAAAUGGUCUGGCUUGGGUCCAAUCGAGCAAAGGAUCCUGCGCUCCUCAAAACGCCGUGGUGAUAGACAGAGAAUUCCUCGUAGCACGUGCAGUUCACGACUCGGAAAACGGCUUAGUCAUCGCAUCUGGCGUGAAACAAGGCGAAUCGCUGAUUACCGCUUUCAAAUCGAUCCGAGACCAUGACGUGUACGAAGUGCUAGUUAAGAGACUCAAUUGAAGUAUCGAGUGUUUUCUGAGAAGGUCUCUGUGUCUCCUGAAUCGGAUAUCGAGGUCACGAGUUUUGUCUCCGGUGGUUUCGAUAACUGCGCAUCAGUCGUGAGGGCGUCAACAGCCCACUCGCAGCCUCAUCAAUAAACCAAGGAAAAAGGAAAGGAGCAAGACCAGGUGUGUCAUCAAUAUCCCCGGGAGAGCCACCCGGAAAUCCACGGGUGAUUCCGGGAGCCUGCCAGGCUGACCC